AUGGCCUCAUUCCCUCGCGCCCUCCCGUUCCCCCUCCCCGUCCCCUCACGCCUUGCCCUCAUCGCCCUCCUCGCGCUCAUCGCGCUCCUCCGCCAGGCGGAAGCCUACACCGACCCGCCGAUCCCCGACGGGUGCGUCACGGAGAUAGCGGAGGUGGACCGGGAGGCCAUGCGCGCGGUGUACGCGACUCUGCCCGAGAAUAUGUUCUGGCACGACGGCAUUCCGCAGUACAAGCUGUUCAACGACAGCCACAACAUCUCAAUCUGCUGCGUCGUGCCCGCUGGUGUCUCGUGCCCCCUCUGGUGCCCGCUCAAGUGCACUCACGCCGGCCGCAUAACGGGCAUUUUUUACGACCCGAGCCGCCAAGACAUGCUCGGGCCCGGCGGGAGCGGAGGGAGCUGCCCGCCCGGCGCGCUGUCGCCCGCCAUUGGCGAUCUCACGGAGCUGUCGUUCCUUUUUUUCCGCAACUCGUGCCUCGCCGGCGACUUGCCGGACUCCGUCACGCGCCUCCAGAAGCUGACGAGUUUUGAAAUGCCCGAAAACAACUUCUCCGGGCCCAUUCCGCCUGGCCUCUUCCGCCUGCCCGCGCUCCGCCACGUGGAUCUGGGCACAAUCCGCGCUCCGCGCUACUUUCAAUACCGGGAACUUCAGCCUCAACCUCAAUAUAAAGGCCUUUCGGGGUCCCUUCCCGACGGGCCCGACGCGUACUCCCCGUCGCUGGAAACGGUCAUCCUGUCCGGCAACGCGCUCUCGGGGGAGCUUCCGCGCGCCCUUCUCUGCGCGCCCGCGCUGCGCCGGUUGGACCUGCAGAGCAACAAUUUCACGGGGGAACUCCCGGGGGGAGCGGGCGCGUAUUCGCCGAGCAUUACCGCGCUCAUCCUGCGCAACAACAGCCUGUCCGGCGCUGUUCCGCCCGCGCUGGCGGAGAUGACGGCGCUACAGAAACUCGACCUGGGGAAGAACCGUCUAUCCGGCGCGGUGCCCGCGGCGCUGCGCGACUCCGAAUCGCUCAAAGCGCUCGACGAGGUGCGGCUCGACAGCAACGCGCUCACCGGGCCGUUCUGCGACGCGCUGCUGCCGGCGCGAGGGCUCUGGCUGGGCUUCAACGACCUGGGCGGCGCCAGUGGCGGGAGCAGCGCCAGUGGCGGCGGCGGAGGUGAGGGGGAGGAAGGUGGGGGCUCUCUGCACGGCUGCGUGCUGCCCGCGAAGCUAGAUAUUCUCUGCGCGCCCCACGUGGGGCUGAGGGGGAGCGUUCCGCACGACCUGUUCCUGGCGACGAACGCGCAGACGGGGCGCAAGCCCUUCAUGGGCGGCUUGGGUAGGAUUAUCCAGAUCGACCUGAGCCACAACAGCCUCUCGGGCAGCCUGAAGGCUUUCAUGGUGCUUCCGUCCGGGGUCUUGGACUUGUCGCACAACAACUUCUCCGGCAGUAUUCCCGAAACGUUUUUCACCGAAUUUUCGCGCGUGGACCUGCGGUUUAACGAGCUGUCGGGGCCGGUGUUUGACGCGCGCCGGGAGGCGUCGAAUCGGCAUUGGAAUUACGACUGGGACAGGCUGCGCGUGAGCAACAACAGCGCGCGCAUGGCGGGCGCCGUGGGCGCGGGGUACCUCCCCGCGCCGACGCCUGGCGUGCAGGCGUCCGCUGCGGAGACUGAGGCGCUGCUGGCGGUGCGCGAUGCUCUCCUGGGGGAAGCAGCGGGGGGAGAAGCGGGGGGAGCAGUGGGGGGAGCAGCGGGGGGAAUUGAGUUGGUGAAUGGCAGAGGAAGCUCGUGGGCGGAGAUGCUGCGCAGCUGGGACGCGAGCAACAGCAGUGCGUGUGCGUGGUACGGCGUGGGAUGCACAGCAGACGGACACGUGGACACCCUGCACCUGAUAGGCAACACUUUCGUCUCCUCGCACACCAACUACGUCCCGGAAUCGCCUGAAUGCGAGUACGACCGGUACGGAGACAAGGUAUGCGCGCACGACGUUCCGCCGCCUCCCCCCCGAGUGCGCUUCUUCCUGCAGGGCCUCCCGGGCAGCAGCUCGAACAGCAGUGGGAGUGUGAGUGCGAGUGGGAGUCUGUCGGAGGCGGUGGGGCAGCUGACGCAGCUCACCUCUCUACGCAUCUCCGGACACGCCCUCUCCGGCGGCCUGCCGUCGUCCCUCUCACGCCUCUCUCACCUCGUCGCUCUUGACCUCUCCUCCAACCGCCACCUCUCCGGCUCCAUCCCCCCCGCCCUCUUCGCCCUCCCCUCGCUGCGAGAGCUCUCCCUCCGUGGGAACAACCUCACGGGAGAGGUCCUCCCAUCCACCACUGCAGCAGCAGCAGAAGUAGCGGCGCUGUCACCGAGAUUGGAGAGUCUAGACGAGGGGGCGAACGCUCUCUCGGGGUCCAUUCCAGCUGACGUGGGUCUUCUGACGGGGCUGACGCGCCUGGCGCUGGACCACAACCGGCUGGAUGGCAGCUUGCCAAGGGAGCUCGGCGCGCUCUGGAUGCUCACACACCUGCAGCUGCAGGGGAACGCCCUCCAGGGGGACGUCUCUGCACUCGCUGCCGCCUUCCCCCCCCCUGCUGCUGCUGCUGCUGCUGCUGCUGCUGCUGCUGCUGCUGCUGCUGCUGCUGCUGACGCUGCUUCUGCUGCUGCUGCUGCUGCUGCUGCUGACGCUGGCAGUACUGCCGACUCUGCUGCCCCCAGUGCGCCUGUCUUGUGGGGACUCAGCGGGGUGUUCCCGCUGCUGACUCAUCUGGAUGUCAGCAGCAACCAGCUCUCAGGCGACGCAGCCACGCUCUUCCCUCUCCAGCAAUACUUCCACACACUCAACAUCUCUCACAACCACCUCACGUGCAGCCCCAGCAAUGCCUCCUGGGACGCGUACUGCCUGGACCUCUCACACAACCGCAUCAGUGCCCCGCUGCAGGACCUCUUCGGGAAAGAGGACAGCUUCGUUUCGACCAUGCUGCGCCUGUCGCACAACCAGCUCUCGGGACCCAUCCCUGCCGUGCUCCUGCGAAGAAAAGUGCAAGAAGAGCUGGACCUUUCCCACAACCUGCUCACGGGUUCGAUUCCUACCAUCACCAAUUUAUACUCCAUGAAGACUCUCAACCUGUCGUACAACCAGCUGUCCGGCACCAUUCCCAAGUUAAGUGCCACGCUGAUAUUAUGUGACCUGUCCCACAACCGGCUCACCGGGAUAGUCCCACCAGCGCCGCCUGCAAUGGAGCACCUGAAUGUGAGCUGGAACAAGCUUGACGGGUUUGCCCAAUGGCAGUAUCAGGCGGGUACUGGGUUGGAGAGUCUGGACGCAUCACACAAUGCCAUGGAUGGAAAUCUGCCGGAUUUGGGCAACAGUGAUGGGCUUAUGAGCCUGACCUAUCUGGACCUCUCCUACAAUGCGUUAAGUGGCACUCUUUCAAAGGAUACUUACCCAUUUUGGGAGCAACCGACAAGCUUUACAGGAAGUGUGAAUCGUAGGAGCGGGGUGGAGGUUCGGCUGAGCCACAAUAGGCUCACGGGAAGCAUCUCUAACUUCAUCUUCUCCUCGUCCCCCUCACUGCUCGACCUCUCCCACAACCAGUUCUCUGGCCCCAUGCCAGACCCUUUCCAGGGGGACAGCCGGAGCUUGUUUAUCGACCUUCUCUCCUACAUGGACCUCUCUUCAAACAAGCUCACAGGAAGCAUCUCCAAUGCUCUUCUCACCGGCCUCACAGCCCUGUCCCACUUGGAUCUCUCCGACAACCUGAUCUCAGGCUCGCUGCCCAGCUCCCUCGCUGCUCUUCCUCCCCUUACCCACCUGGACCUCUCACGCAACAAGCUCAAUGGCUCUCUGCCUGCCUUCUGCCAGGGCAAGCAGCGCCUCGCCUCUCUCCUCCUCUCCUCCAACGCUUUCUCCGGCCCCCUCUCCUCCCUCCUCCCCUCCUCCUCCUCCUCCUCCUGCGCCUCCUCCCUCAUCUCUCUAGGCAUCUCCAACAACCAGCUCUCCGGCUCACUCCCCGAGUCCCUCUCACGCUUCACCACUCUGCACUCCUUACAAGCUUCGCGCAACAGCAUGAGCGGCAGCAUCCCUGCAGGGCUGGCGUCGCUGACAGCCCUGCAGGAGCUGGACAUGUCAUGGAGCGGGCUGUCAGGCACCAUCCCUGCCACGCUCCUGCGAGACAAAGUGCAAGGACAUCUGGACCUCUCCCACAACCUGCUCACAGGUUCAAUUCCUGCCAUUGACAAUUUAUACUCCAUGAAGACGCUCGACCUGUCGUACAACCAGCUGUCCGGCACCAUUCCCAAGCUGGAUGGCUCCCUGAUAACAUGUGACUUGUCCCACAACCAGCUAUCCGGGAAAGUCCCGCCGGCGCCACCUGCAUUGAUGCAUCUGAACGUGAGCUGGAACCAGCUUGACGGGUUUGCCCGGUGGCAGUACCAAGAGGGUACGGGGUUGAGAAUUCUGGACGCGUCUCACAAUGCCAUGGCUGGAAAUCUGCCGGAUUUGGGCAACAGUGAUGGGCUUAUGAGCCUGAAUCAUCUGGACCUCUCCUACAAUGCGUUUACUGGCACUCUUGCAGAAAAGACUUACCCGUUCUUGGAGCAAGCGACAAGCUCUACAGGAAGUGUGCAAAGUAGCCAGAGCUUCUCACUCGAGUUUUUCUCCCACUUGGACCUCUCUUCCAACAAGCUCACAGGAAGCAUCUCUAAUGCUCUUGUCACCGGCCUCACAGCCCUAUCCCACUUGGAUCUCUCCGACAACCUGCUCUCGGGCUCGCUGCCCCGCUCCCUCGCUGCUGUCCCCCCCCUCACCCAUCUGGACCUCUCUCGCAACAAGCUCAAAGGCUCCCUGCCUGCCUUCUGCCAGGGCAAGCAGCGCCUCGCCUCUCUCCUCCUCUCCUCCAACGCUUUCUCCGGCCCCCUCUCCUCCCUCCUCCCCUCCUCCUCCUCCUGCGCCUCCUCCCUGCUCUCCCUCAACGUCUCCACCAACCAGCUCUCCGGCUCGCUCCCCUCGUCCCUCUCGCGCUUCACCGCUCUGCACUCCUUGCUAGCGGCGCGCAAUCGCAUGAGCGGCAGCAUCCCUGCAGGGCUGGCGUCCCUGAAGGCCCUGCAGGAGCUGGACGUGUCGUGGAGCGGGCUGUCAGGCACCAUCCCUGCGCUGCUGCGUGCUGCUGCCCCCUCCCUGCAAGUGCACCUCGCUGGCAACGCCCUCUCUGGCUCUGUGCCCCCCUCUCUCUCCGAUCUGCCCACCUCCUGCUUCCGCCCCGGCAACCCCAAGCUCUGUGGGAAGCCCCUGCCUGACUGCAAGAAGCGGUCUACUAAGCCCAGGAAGGGCCGGGUGUAG